CAGCAGCUCACUAUUUCUCCGUUGCUUCUUUAUAUCACCAAAAAUAUAAUGGGGGAAGCAAACGUCACCGAAGGAUUCAAUAACAUCACGGUCGAUGUAUCGCAUUCACUGGUGAAAAGCCUGGAAGACAAAUUACGGAAGCUUCCUCCUUUGUCCAGUAAAUGCAGCAUUUCUAAAGUUCCCGUUCAUCUCCGAGAACGAAAUGAGAAAGCCUUCACUCCUCGAGAAAUAUCAAUUGGUCCACUUCAUCACAACAAGGGAAGCCUCAAACACAUGGAAGAACACAAACUGAGGUUACUAAGGGACUUUCUGUCACGAGCAAAGGUAAGCCUACGUGACUGUGUACAACUUUUGGAGAAGAAAGAAUUGUAUCUCCGAAACUGUUAUGCAGACCCCAUUGAAUUUGACAGCGACAAGUUUAUUGAGAUCAUUCUGGUAGAUUCCGCUUUCAUUCUUGAAUUAUUCUUCGGAAAUUUCUCGUAUAACAACCAGUUGCAGGAUCAGUAUAAUCAAUUUUUUGGCGGCCCAGGGAAGCUUAUACGGUUCAUUCAAACUGACAUGCUUUUACUUGAAAAUCAAGUUCCUUUCUUCAUCAUCGAGGACCUUCUUUCAUUAAUAAAAUCAGAUAUUAUUCCCAUAAAGAACGAUGUUCGUCGUUCUGCAAUCAUGCUAACCUACGAGUUCUUCAAAAGGAAGUUGAGUCUGCGAGAUAUGGAUAACUUCAAUAUUGAAGAAAAAGUGGGUGAACUGGAAAUACAACAUUUUGUUGAUUUUGCAAGAAUUUGUUAUGUCCCUCGAGUUCUUCCAAGCAAAAACAAACUGAAAUGCGUGACUAUGCCAAGGGCAACAAAGUUACGCGAAGCUGGAGUGAAGUUCAAGGUGAAGAACAGUGGGAGUCCUUUUGACAUCAGAUUCAAAGAUGGGGUGAUGGAAAUCUCACGGUUGAGAAUAAAAGAUGCGACGGAGAUUCUUCUGAGGAAUCUGAUUGCAUACGAACGUUGUCACUUGCACGAUAAUUAUGUAAAUGACUUCGUGUUUGUCCUGGAUCGUCUGGUAGAGACACCAGGUGAUGUGGACUUGCUGAUGCAUUGUGGGAUUAUUGAGUCAAAAUUAUCAGGAACUCAAGAAGUGGCUUCUCUGAUGAAUAACCUUUGUCCAGGAGUGACCAUUGCGAGAAGAAGGUUCUACUUCUCAGGUCUAUGCGAGGAGGCGAGUGAUUAUUGCAGAGUCCCUUGGCAUAAAUGGAGGCUAGCUCUGAAGGAGGACUAUUUUAGUAAUCCCUGGGCCAUAAUCUCUAUGGUUGCAGCAAUUUCCCUUCUUCUGCUCACACUCGUGCAGACUUUAUAUGCAGUCAUCUCCUAUUAUUUUAAGUAGAAGAUGUGAGCUUCCCUUCCUAGGAUCCAUCACUUACCUACGACUAUGUAUGUGUGUUUGUGCCUGUCUCUCUUUGCAUCCAGAGAGAAGAUUAAAUUACUAACUACAUGAAUAUUGUAUAAGCUGGUUGUACGUUAAGGGUGUUUAAUGGA